CUUCUCCGCCCAUUCGUAUCUUCUCUCUCUCUCUCUCUCUCUCUCCAUGCAAAUGUAUCCAUGAUAUUCCAUUGUGAGUCAUAGGAAUCUAUUUAUUUCGCUUCUUUCGAAUUUUGUUUUAGUUAUUUUAGGCAAAGAAUUUGGAUUUUUCAGAGAAAAAAUACAGAGUAGAAUCAUCUUCAAGUCUCAGAGUAUCGACUCUCAGUUUGAAUUUCAUUGAUAUAGCUGAGGAGUAUAAUAAUUGAGAAAGAACCCAGAAAUUUAUAUUGGGCUGGAAGAAAAUGCUGUCUGAAUCUCCUCCUCCGAAUCGAUUAAGGACUCUGUGUUUGGCCUACCAGAGCUUUGGGAUUGUUUACGGUGACCUCAGUACAUCGCCCAUAUAUGUCUACAAAAGUACUUUUUCUGGAAGCUUGCACCCUUACAAAGAAGACCAUGAGAUUCUUGGGGUACUUUCUCUGGUUUUCUGGACUUUGACUCUCAUCCCGCUUUGCAAAUACAUUUUAAUUGUAUUAGCAGCCGACGACAAUGGUGAAGGUGGAACCUUUGCUUUGUAUUCACUACUGUGUCGACACUUAAAGACAGGCCUUUUGAGCACUUCCCAUGGUGCACUUCAUCGUGUAACAUCUUCUGACAACGCUGGAACUUCUGUCAAAGAGACGAAAACUAGCUUACUUAUAAAGGACUUCUUCGAAAAGCAUCAUAGCUCUCGCGUUGUGUUGCUGCUGGUUGUUCUUCUUGGGACUAGCAUGGUUAUUGGUGAUGGAAUCCUGACCCCAACAAUGUCUGUCGUUUCUGCAGUCAAUGGACUUAGAAUCAAAAUCACAGUCACAGAUUUGCAUGGAUAUUAUACUUCGUUAAUCGCUUGCGUCAUCUUGGUGGGCAUUUUUGCUCUUCAGCACUAUGGGACACACAGAGUCGGCUUCCUUUUCGCUCCUAUCUUGAUAUCUUGGCUUGUAUGCAUAAGUGGAAUAGGAAUUUACAACAUAAUUUAUUGGAACCCCCAAGUAGUUUAUGCGACGUCACCAUAUUAUGCAUACAAUUUUUUCAAGCUAGCUGGAAAAGAUGGAUGGAGGUCCCUUGGGGGCGUUGUCCUUUGCAUUACAGGUGCAGAAGCUAUGUUUGCUGAUCUCGGUCAUUUCUCCCAACUCUCUCUCAGGAUUACAUUUAUUGUAGUUGUUUACCCGUGCUUAGUUCUGGCAUACAUGGGUGAAGCCGCUUACCUCACUAAGAACAAAAUGGAACUCCAGAGUAGCUUCUACAAGGCUAUUCCAGAGCGAAUAUUUUGGCCAGUGUUUAUUAUUGCAACUCUUGCAACUGCAGUGGGAAGUCAGGCAAUCAUAUCAGCUACUUUCUCAAUUAUAAGUCAGUGCAGGGCACUGAGGUGCUUCCCGCGUGUGAACAUAAUACACACAUCAGGCCAAGUACACGGACAGAUUUACAUACCUGAGGUGAACUGGACUUUGAUGGUGUUGUGUCUUGGAGUUGUGAUUGGCUUUAGAGACACCAAUAGGAUUGGAAAUGCAUAUGGUCUUGCUGUGAUCACAGUAAUGUUUGUCACGACUUGCUUGAUGUUUCUAAUAAUCAGUACAGUUUGGAAUCGAAAUGUGCUUUUGGCAGCUACGUUCGUAGUAGUCUUUGGAUCCAUAGAGCUGCUUUAUCUCUCUGCGUGCCUUUGUAAAGUACAUAAAGGAGGCUGGCUUCCCCUUCUCUUUUCUCUCGUGAUCUUGGCUCUGAUGUCUGCGUGGCAGUAUGGAACGUCAAAGAAACAGGCCUUUGAGCUUGAGAACAAAGCAUCCAUGGAGAGGCUUCUCAGUCUUGGCCCAAGCUUGGGUAUGGUCAGGGUUCGUGGGAUCGCUCUAAUUUACUCGAGCCUUGCAGCCACGGUGCCACCGAUGUUUGCACAUUGGGUAACAAAUUUCCCUGCUUUGCAUCAGAUUCUCAUUUUUGUGACCCUUGAAAAUUAUAUGGUCCCCAAUGUUCCACUCUCUGAUCGUAUCCAUGUCGGGCGGAUUGGCCCUCAAGACUCCAGAGCAUUUUGGUGUAUUGUCAGGUAUGGAUUCAAGGAUCCGCGAGACAGCUAUAACCUUGAAACUCAGCUGAUUGACAAGGUGGAAGAAUUCUUGCGAAGUGAUUCACAUGAUGAAGAACCGGCGAUUAAUGGAUAUCCAUCAUUUCCUGUUCUUCAUGAUGAGGCUGGAGUUGGUGUUGGCAGAAGAAGAAAUGCUGGGUCAACAAGUUUGCAAUUGAACGAGGAGUUACAGGAACUGAUAGAAGCAAGGGAAGCUGGGGUGGUUUACAUGCUGGGCAACACUUACAUUGUGGCAAGUGAGGUAUCACCGGUUAUGAAGAAGUUUGCCAUUAACACUGUGUACGCGUUUCUCAGGCGUAACAGUAGGCGACCGGCUGCUGCGCUUGGGAUUCCACACCCGUCACUCAUUGAAAUGGGUAUGGCCUAUCACGUGUAACGCUGGCGCAGGAACGGGGACUGACAAAACAGUGGGAAGAAACUUGUGGGGUUUUGGUGAAAUUUCAUUGAUACACCAUAAUAAGGACUAAACCUUAAUACUAAUGUCAGAGGUACAGCCUAAGCUUUAUACGGUAGUGUUGUUGCUUACAGAGGGUUGAGAUUUAAUCAGAUGUGUGAAAUUUGGAAAAUGGAAAGUUACUAAUAGCUUCACUUCUCUUGUGUGCUUGACUUAGGACGGGAAAAGAAUUUUAAAAAGUAGGUAAACCAAUACUUUGUGUAUAUAUGAUUUUUAUAAAAGCUACAGCAAAAAUUGAUCACUUUACUGUUUUGUUAUGUGUAAGGACUUGGUUUCCAUAUGUCGAUCUUUGUUGCCAAAGGCUCAAAGUUGGUAGCUACUGAAGUUUUUUGGAUUUAGAUUUGAAUUUGAAUUUGGAUUUGGGUUUGAACA